GGGCGGCAAAAGGGCGGUCCUAUUGCCUUUAAAAGGCUGUGCGCAAAACUUACUAACAGAGUACCACAACGGUUGUCAGUGAGCGCUAUCAGCUGCAAAGCACGCUGCAGAGUACAGCUGUCUCUGUCCUCCGACCUGCAAUAGAAGAGACGACAUAAUGUGGCGAUGGGUCUGCGCGCUCAUGCUCUUAUUGGCUGCUCUUAUCCAUGCUGAUAAUGAGAAAAGAGCCGAAAUGUCUCCGAUGCCGUUUGUCCUUGGCUCCAGGUACGGACGGUCCCCACCAAGAAUGUUGACCCCACGGAAUGACAGGUUCUUCAUGGGCAGUAGAUACGGGAAGCGGUCUGAAGGUGCGUCGGGCUCACCCGUGUCCUUAGCACCAGCAUCGCCGGCGCUCCUCUGCGAGUUCACUGGACUGUACCCGCUGUACCGAUGCACACCACCCACGUCUACUAUACGGCAACUGUUUGAUAACAGGAGAAACGAAGAAGGCGGUGAAGAAGAGUAAAUAACAGUGCACGCCUCACGCAAUAUGAAAGUCGUCGAAUUCCAAAGUCAAUUUGACCAUCUAGUCAUUUAUUUAAUGUUAUUAGAAUUAAUUAAAACUGUUACUGGGAACUAGUUACUAUAAAUCGUCAUUUAAUUUCUCUUAUAACGCUUUGUUUUAGAUAUAUUUAUAAUUAUAUAUUCUAUUGUUGAAAAAAUAUAUGAAACAUUAAAUACACUACAAAAGAUAAUAUAUUGUAAAAUAAAAAAAAACUAAAUGACAUUGACAUAGACAAAAUAAUUUUUCUAGCACCAAACAUGAGUCAUAGAUAAAAAAAUAUCAAAUGCAUUAUAGAUUUGAAAAUUAGCACCAAUAUAUUUAUUACAAGGGUCUUUUUUUUAAUUUAUUAAGCUUUGUUUAUCAUAGAGAAUAAUAAGUAAAUGUAUAUAAAAAAUAUAAAAUAAAAAGAAAACAAUUAUAUUUACUGUCCGUUUUGCAUUCAAAAGUAGAAUCACUGUUCUUUUCAUAAUAAGUGUAACAUGCAAUUAAAGAGUUUAUCUAGAUAUAUUUAAAUGUACAAUAAUCCAAGUAUUAUGGUGUCUGAAUGUACACACAAAUCUAGAAGGUGACGUAGUGGACUAGACAGGAGAUUAGUUAAGCUAGAUAAUAAAAUUAACCGCUGAUUUUGAACACUACUUGCAUUGUGAACUUGCUACCAUAGACAAAGAAUAUAAAAAAAUAUUCAUUUGGCGGGAAAGUGUUGAGAUAAGUUUGAUAAUUUCGCGAAUGUUUUUAAUAACCUAUUUUAUGGAACUUUACGUAUUUCUAAUAUAAUUUUACUGUAAUUAAAUUUAUUAAUAUAAUUACAAAAAUGCAUCUCAAAAUUCUAUUACAAAUAAUAUGCAAAAUUAUGAAAAAAAUUUUUAAAAAGAUUUUUGUCUAAAAUCACUAACACUAUCUCUGAUCAAAUAUUGACAUUCAAGAUCCACUUUUUCACUCAACUGAAUAUAAUAAAAUCAAGAGGCUUUAUGACUCUGUCUCUGCCUUUCCUGCCACGAAUAAAGAAUUCUAGCCCGUAGAUAAAGGAUUCCUUGCAAAGUGUUUCUACCAAAUUUUAAAUGUUCACGUACAAGCAACGCAAACCUUUAUCGUAUUAAUCAAUGAUUCUUGCUCCAUUCUCUCUUGCUACGACCCUCAACAAAGAUUUUGCGAAAUUGAGUAUUAUAUCCCUGGUUUCCUUAUUCUCAAAUAUGUAUUCCAUAUUUCUUUCAGACAGUGUUGCAUCCAAUUUGAACUCGCACUCAAACCGUUUUUUAGCGAAUCUUUGACAGUCAAAAAGAAUAUGCUGUAUGACAAGUAGUGCUUCAAUUUCAGCAAAGUUUCUAUUGCGAUCAAAAGGCUGGGAGAUCGCAAUGGCACAUUAGUUAUUUCAUUAUAAUACUGUUAUCAUAUGACUGUGUUAUUAUUAUGAGAAAUGGUAUCAAAUAAAAUUGAGAUGACAUUUAAA